AAAUUGUCAUCUAAUUACUAUAUUCUAUAUAUAUAUAUAUAUACAUAUUUACCGAGAGAACGAAAGUGUCGGAUGACCAGUUUUUGUUUAUUAUGUGGAUGCUAGCUCUCAUUAUUUUUAAUUUUUAGUACAUGUUUAGUGUAAUACUCGAUGGUCAAAAUGUUAAAAGGGCUCGUAAAUUAUGAUUCAUGAAACGUGAUACAAGUUGAUACACACACAUACAUACACACAUGGUCAUUGAAAGAAGUAAAUAUGUGGCUUUACUUACGGUGUUUAAGAAAGUCUUUACACAAGAUAUUUCUGUAACAAAACUUAAUACAGUUAUUAUAAGAAAUGUGAUGGUAUUUCAUGUCAAUGAAGCUUUUUAAAUUACAUUUUCAUUUAAUAAUACAAUAUUGAAAUAUGAAAAUUAUGUAAUAUUGUCAUAAUUAAAUUAUGUGAAAGGAAGUGUAUCACGUUAACUACAUAAACAAACGAAGUUGGAUAGUAAAACAAUAAAAUAACAUUAUCUAAAAAACAUAUUAAUUUGUUAAUGUUUUCACGACGAUCAAUGUUUUUGACAUAAAUUAUGUUCGAAAUAUCGACAUUUAACGUGGAUAAAUUUAUACAUACACUUAUUCAAAAUUUGGGUUUAAAGAUAAAAUCUCCUAUUUAUAAUAACUUCAAAAACAUUGCUUUUGUAACCUAUAUUGAUAGAACAUGCAAAAUUAAGCAACAGUUACCUUGUUUGAUGGAAAAGAGUAACGAAAUUAAUAUUCACCGAAAUUGGGAUUUUUCCAACGAAAAAGAUAUACAAUGUUUUAUAGAAAAACAUACCAGUUUUUUUGAUAAACUUAUUUCAUUGAGUAAUACAGGAAUUUUAACAUUUCCUUUAAAAAAUAUUAAUACAAAAAUUCUCCAGAAAGUUAAAAAAAGGAAAAAUGAUAAUGAAAAUACAAAGAAAUUCGAAAUUAAAAUAAAGAAGAAAAGAAGUUUGUUAUCUUUAAUAUCAGACAAGGAUAAAUGUCAUAAAAUUUAUAAGUAUAAAAAGAAUAAAUUUGGUAAAUCUGCAAUAUAUGAAGAUUCUAAGACGCUUAAUCAUGACGUAAUUACUCUCGUCAGUCACAAAGAUGUUAAUAUUUUUGAAACAAAGUGUGAUAGUCAACAAGAUUUUGUAAACCAUAAUUUAUCAGACAAUAUGAUAGAUAUCACAGAGAAACAAAUAAAAAAAGCCCAAAAAUUCUUAUGGCUACAUACUAAAAAUAAGGAUUAUAUAAAAAGAAAUGUACAAGUUACUCUGUACAUAUCCAAGAAAACAAUUUGUACUAAUAUGAAAAAUCGGAUGAAGUAUAAUAAAAUACUUUGUCAUCAUGCAAUCCUAUGCCUGAUUGAACCUAGUAAGAAAGCAGUUGUUUUGUUCGAAGAUGAUCUGUCACUUGUCGUUCGAAGAUAUCUAUUACACGGAUAUAAGUAUAAUUUUGAAUUUCAAAGGUAUUUUAUUCAGGAAUAAAGAAAGAGCAUUAUAUGUAAAUACGAGUUAAUGAUUUUAAAAGAUUAAACGUGUUUUUCAGAGAUUCUGACAACUGCUAUAUUGCAUUGCUUAUUUUAAGUCGAUGGGCUAAAAUUUUAGUUAAUCAUAUGAACAUAACAAUGAUGCAAACAA